AUGGCCAACGUCAAGAGCGCAAAGCGAAGAAAGGUCGCACACGAUGCGCCCAAGGCUAAGAAGCCUGUGGCCAAGGAGGUUCCCGCUGAGCCAGCCCCCGAGUCUGAGGAUGAGGAGUCUGAGGAGGAGUCUGCUACUCUAGAGGAACCUUCCGCUGAGGAGACACCCGAUGCUCCCAAGAAGACGUUCAAGGACCUGGGUGUCAACGACGCUCUCUGCGAAGCCUGCGAGGCCCUCAAUUACAAGUACCCGACCCCGAUCCAAGAAAAGUCCAUCCCCGUCGCUCUCCAAGGUCGCGACAUUAUCGGCCUCGCAGAGACCGGUAGUGGAAAGACUGCUGCUUUCGCCCUCCCCGUUCUCCAGGCUCUCCUCGACAAGCCUCAGCCUCUGUUCGGCCUCGUUCUCGCCCCGACCCGCGAGUUGGCGACCCAGAUCGGUCAAGCCUUUGAGGCGCUGGGAUCGCUGAUUUCGCUGCGAUGCGCUGUCAUUGUGGGAGGUCUGGAUAUGGUUCCUCAGGCGAUUGCGCUUGGAAAGAAGCCUCAUAUCAUUGUUGCGACUCCGGGUCGCUUGGUGGACCAUCUUGAGAAGACCAAGGGGUUCUCUCUACGAACACUCAAGUACCUCAUCAUGGAUGAGGCUGAUCGUCUCCUGGACAUGGACUUUGGUCCCAGCAUCGACAAGAUCCUCAAGUUCAUCCCCCGAGAGCGACGCACAUAUCUCUUCUCCGCAACUCUCAGCUCCAAGAUCGAGAGCCUGCAGCGAGCCAGUCUGAGGGACCCCGUCCGUGUGAGCAUCAGCUCCAACAAAUACCAGACUGUGUCGACCCUGAUCCAGCACUACAUGUUCAUCCCUCACCCUCAAAAGGACACAUAUCUCAUCUACCUGGUCAACGAACACACCGGAAAGUCAACCAUCGUCUUCACCCGGACUGUGUGGGAAACCCAACGUGUGGCUAUUCUAUUGAGGACGCUUGGCUUCGGCGCAAUUCCCCUGCACGGUCAACUCUCGCAGUCAUCACGUCUGGGGGCGCUCAACAAGUUCCGCGCCGGCACCCGCGACAUCCUCGUAGCCACUGACGUUGCGGCGCGAGGUCUGGACAUUCCCAAGGUCGACGUGGUGCUCAACUACGACAUGCCGCAGGACUCAAAGACCUAUAUCCACCGAGUCGGCCGAACUGCCCGUGCCGGAAAGUCUGGUGUCGCCAUCAACCUGGUGACUCAGUACGACCUUGAGAUCUACGCACGCAUUGAGGCGGCGCUCGGAAAGAAGUUGACCGAGUACCCCAGCGAGAAGGAGGAGGUCAUGACGUUCCAAAGCCGUAUACAAGAGGCGCAGCGUCACGCGAGGAUUGAGAUGAAGGCCAUGAGCGAGUCCAAGGGCAGCAAGGGCACCCUUAACGGAAAACGGGGCAAGAGGGAUGGCAAGCGUCGCCGUGACGACAUGGACAAGGAGGAGGGUUAA